GUGGGAAAAAGACCUGCCUCGGAAUGGAAGAGAUAACGGCGACGAAGAAUCUCUGCUCCGACGGAAUGACAAUCGACGAGAAUCGAGCGAAAAAUUAAAAGCGAUACCUCCGGAAGGAUUAUGGUGCCGGGAUCUGAAGUGAAUUAAUUACUGAGUGAAUGGGUGAUGGAUUAUUCAGUUAUCAAGAACUGAAGCAUGUCAAGGAUUUUCAUCCCAUUUAGAUAUUCAUAAAAGGAUAACGGUAUAGAGAGAAAAAGCAUUGCAGCCAUUUUCACUCCAUAUUUACAAGAACCCCAUAUUUCAUGACCUCUCUGAGUUUGAAAGUUUAAUUUAUGGAAAUACGCCUCUCUCUCUCUCUAAGUCGAUACGUCAAAAAAAUGCUGAAAUUAGACGUUUGAAAUUUGGUAAAUUUGCUUGAAGGGAUGUUUUGACCUGCUUUCUGCUUCACUACAAUCCAAGACUAUUUUUCAAAGAGAAUGGUUUAUGAAUACACAUUCAGUAAUUCUUGCAAUGGUUAGGCUCUUCAAGAAUUUAGUUUCUCAAGAUCUACAUGAGCCCGAGAAAUUUGUUUCAGUGGAGAUUCGACCCAAAUCUAAAAUAGGAAUCUACAUCUGGUAAUUCUUACAUGCAAGACAUUUGAAUUUUCACACUUUAAAGGAAGGAUAUCUAUGAAUGGUGACGUUGAUGACGACCUUAAAGCUCCUUUUCGGACCAGUGACCGGCCCAGAAGGUGACUAACCUAAGGCCUGGACGGGACAUGGGCAGAUUGUGUCUAAAAUACAUCACUGCAACAGCCUUGCUCUUGAUUUUUGUAGCGGUGUGUCCACAAAGGGUAAAGUGUAACGGGGCCCUCUUCGAGUUGAUUCUGGAGUCUUUGGAGAAUUCUGACGGCCGAGAGAUCACUGGAGUUGGCUGUUGCAGUGGUCUUCCACCUCGGGCGGACGCCUCUUGCCCGGGCGAUUGUUCAGUCUACCUGCAUUUCUGCAUCCAGAACUACCAGGAGCAGCCGAGCAACCACUGCCCCUACUUCGAAUUGCAGACCACUCUCCUCUCCAAGAACGGCACCGCGUCCUACGACAUCAGCAAGCAGGAGAAGAUGGUCUUCGAUCUUCCAUUCAAAUGGCCGGGUAACUUCAAUUUCCUUAUUGAAGCUUGGCAUCCACCAGAUCCGAUAAGUAAAAGCAGAAACCUCGUGGAAAGAUUUUCCGCCAAGAGGAAUCUGACCAUCAAUACGGAGUGGACAGAGGACUUCCUCUUUACUAAUAGGACCACCCUCCGAAUCAAAUACAGAGUGUUCUGCAAACCGCACUACUAUGGGGAAGCUUGCGAAACCUUAUGUCGAGAUCGAGACGAUCGCUUUGGGCAUUUCUACUGUUCGGAAAACGGGACCAAGAUAUGCUUACCUGGUUGGGGAGAUGAUACUGAUUACUGCAACAAAGCUUUAUGUGAACCUGAAUGUGUGCAUGGAAUAUGUGAUGGUCAAACACCUAAUAAAUGCAGGUGUCAAGUUGGAUGGACAGGACCUGUGUGCGAAACUUGCAUGACUCACCCUGGAUGUGUUCAUGGUAGAUGUGUUGUACCAAAUCAAUGUCUGUGUGAUGAAGGAUGGGGUGGCUUGCUGUGUAAUCAAGACCUAAACUACUGUACCAACCACAAACCUUGUCAGCAUGGGGGUACAUGCACAAAUACUGGUCAAGGAAAUUACACAUGCAGUUGUUCUGAGGAUUUUAUGGGCCGAAACUGUGAAAUUCACAAAAAUCCAUGUUUUCAAAACCCAUGUGAAAAUGGAGGUUCAUGUGAGAACCCUACUGAUGGACAAUACACUUGUAAUUGUGCCCUUGGGUACUUUGGGCCACGCUGUGAAACAUGGGCUAACAUUUGCAGUGAUGAUAUUUGUGUAAAUGGAGGUUCCUGUAUCCAAGAUCCUAAUGGAUUUAUAUGUUCCUGUCCUGUGGGUUACACAGGUUUGCUGUGUGAAGAAACUGAUGAAAGCAACUGUCAAGUCUAUCCUUGUCUUAAUGGUGGUACAUGUGUUAAUUCUUCAGAUGGCUUUCAGUGCAUUUGCAGGCAGGGCACAAGUGGAAGCCGCUGUGAGAAAGCUAAUCAUUGUUCCUCUAAUUCAUGCGAACACGGAGGCACCUGUGUUGAACUCCAUGACAACAUUACAUGUUUAUGUCCUUCGGGAUUUUCUGGAACUUAUUGUCAAUACAAUCACAACAAAUGCUCUCUUAACCCUUGUGCCAAUGGAGCAACAUGUUACAAUCUUAUAGAUGGAUAUCAUUGUGAUUGUGCGGCAGGAUUCUUUGGACAGAACUGCAAUUUUGUGGAUCCUUGUAUCUCUUCACCAUGUCUUAAUGGUGCCUCGUGCCAACCCACUGAAAUGGACUUCACCUGCCACUGCCUUAAUGGCUACCGGGGUGACCGGUGCCACUUGACAGAAACUGACUGGAAGGAGCACCCCUCUGUUGCCUCCAACGUAUCCCACCGGAUCUCCCAGGAAGAAGAAGAGGGGAGCAAAGUGGAUAUAGUCCUCAUUUCCACUCUGUCCUCAGUCUUGGUGAUACUUAUAAUCCUCAUUCUAUGUGUUUUGAGGUGCCUACUGAUACGUAGGCGACGCCACCGGCAGCACAUGGACAAACCUCAACAGAAAGCCAAAGAUUGUGACUUUGACCUUGAGGAGGAGAGAUUGCAGAAUGAGCGUAAUGCCAUGCACAUGAACUACAAACAGUGUGAUAUGCCUCAGAAAAUUGUGAAUGAAUUGGACAGAGUACCUGCCAAAAUGGUGAAUGAGGCGAAGCCAAAAGUGCUUAAUAAUGAAGUGAACAACAAAAAGAUUCCAGAUAAGAGUUUGGUGUGUCCACCAAGAACUUUUCAGAAGAUUGAUAAUACAAGUGGUAGUUCUAUAAGUUGCCACUCAUCUCAGGACUAUCCUCCAUGUCACAGUGGAGGCAUCUACGUCAUUGAGGAUCACUUGAAAUCACAUCCUGGUCUCAGUAAAGAAGACAUUUUGGCCACUGAAGUUUAAAGAUAGGCGCCCUACUAUUUAUAUCUUGUACAGAUCGUCAAGUGCCUUUUUGUAAUAUAUGUAUUUGUACAAAAGAGAGCUUUCUAUAGAAGAUUAUAGAUUUUUUUUUUUGUUUAAUUUAUAUUUGUAGUUAAAGAAAAGUCUCCUAGCUAAUGUGGUUGAAAAUUUGUUUCACUCUCAUUGUUUAACAGUAGCUUUGUAUUUCAUCUUCAUUUGAUGAGUAGAGUUUGUUAUUUAAUUUAAAUCUACACUUUGUUAAUUUAUAUGAGUUAAUGAAUUUUUACAUGUCAUUUUAUUUAAUCUUUUUAAGUGAGAAAGAUCAAUAAAUCAUUCUAUUAUUUAUUUUUUUACCGAAUUUGACCUUUGCAUUGCUUGUUUUUUAAAUAAAAAAUAAGCAUAUUGUAAAACAAUGAUUCGAAGAAAAAAAUGUCAAGAAAUGAAUUAUUUGAGUUUUCUUUUUCUAAAAUAAAGUAGUGAAAUAUCACCCAAGUUGUAUUUUUUGAUGGAUGAAAAUGUCUUCUCAUUACAGAUCAUUGUGAAUGAUUAACAUUACGUUUUGUACUUUUAAAAAUUAAAAAUCGAUUGGGAGAUAUAUUUCCUCAGAGUUGGAAUUCUAUUUUUGCUAUAAUAUGCCAUCAAAAUGAAUGUUGUAAAAUAAUGAACAUGAAUCACUUGACAUUUAUAUAUGCUUAUAUGGAGAAUAUAUAAAUAUUAAAAUUUUAUGUUAUGAAAUAUGAUGAAGAUUAGCUGCCUGGGCUGUUCCAUUUUUAGUUGACAGGAAAAAUAGUUUUAGCGCUUAGAAUAUUUAGUCUCAAGUGGAGACUAAAACCAUUAAACAAGAUAGAGAUUAUAUUUCCUUCUGUCUUUUAAAAGUAGUAACUAUUGCUAUUUCUCAUUUUGAAUGUACAAUUUGCAGAUCUGCAAUCCUUAGAAUUUUCUUAAGAUUUUCUUUUAUUGAUUACUGAUCAUUUCAGUAUAAAUAUAACUGAUGUGCCAUUUGCUUUUACGUUGAUUUCGAGUUCAAGUAAUCUUGAAACUCUUUAAGUACAGUAAGCACAUUUUUUUUCUAAUACUUUUUAAACAGACACUUUUAGAUAAAUAGAUUUUUCUAAAGUCAGAUUUUUAAAUAUAAUUUUUUUUUUUCUUUCUUUCAACUAGUAGCACUCUGAUAUUUACUUAUUCAAACUGUGAUGGUUCAGAUUUCCAACAUAAAGUGCUCACAAUUGUAGAACACAUUGCACAUCUAAUUUCUAGUUCAAAAAUUUGACAUUCCUUUUCCUAGAUUAAAAUUUAUGCAAAUUUUGUAUAGAGAAGUAACUUUUUCCCUGUCUGCAAAGGGUGGAAGUAAAUAAAUCUUUAUGUAACACUUCUGUCUGCAAUUUUUCACUAAUAGUUUAAAUACUUAUAAAAACUUUUCAGUGUAUUUUAAGCAGUUAAAAAAAUAAACUACAAAUUUCACUUAUAGCAAAUGGAUUUGACUUACCUGUGUGUUUCCAUAGAAUUUUGUCAAGAACUUCAGCUUACUUAAAAAGCAAUACCUUGUUCCAUUUUUGAGAGUUAUUCCUGUAUUAGUUUUACAAUAGCAUAAGAUAUUGAACUAGUUUCUGUAAAUAGCAUGUGUACAUUUUUAGUUGGAUCUCAUCUUGUAUAUAAGCGGAAGCUGUUGUUUUUAUGUCUGUUUCUGCAGCACCUAUGUUCUAAAUAAAAUCAUAAUUGUCUAUUUUUG